CUCAAACAGCCCAUGCUGGCUGCAAGAUGGUCUCCUUGUUUUUACCAUUAAGAGGCACAGACACUGUGAGUCAGCCUGGCUCUGUUUUUACUGCCUGCUCGUCUUGUGCUGCGACUGCUGCUGUAGGGCCCCUAAAAUAUUUUCUCAACUGCCUCCAAAUCAAUGAUUCCCAUGCAAGUUUUUUUUUUUUUUUUUGGAGGGGAAUAACCUACUUUCGGAGAAGUGUGGAUAUGGUCUACCCACCCGUACAGACUAUGCACCAUUUUACGCAGGUUUAUUGUUUCCAUUUUAUGGCAGUAUGAAAUAGGCUAUCGAUUUAACUUGUCCUAUUUCAACUUUGGCCAAGAUUGGAUUUUUAAACGAGCUGGGCUGGGCAUCUCCGGCCGACCCGCCUGGGAGCAGAGGAUCACAGGGACUGUGUGACUCGCAGGUCGGAGUGCGCAAAGCAACGCGCCCCUGUGAUUCAUCCGCAGUUUCCAGACGGUGCGCAGGUGGAGGCGAAGAGGAGAGGAAGCAGCCGCUGAGGACGGACGGAUGAAACGGCUAGGGAUGUUCAUUACGCGUAAGAUCUAUUCCACAUAAGGAACGAACUGUUUUUUCCAGUCCCCCUCGGUGUUGCAUUGAUUUGGAACCACUGGCUUGAUUUGGCGCAGCUGUAACCCAUUUUUCCUCCAUCACAAAAGUUUGACUGUUAAAAAAUGAUGCUCUGCUCCGCUUCUGUUUUUUCAUGCAAUGCUGUGGAUUCCGGCGUCAGCGUAAGUGGCCAGUCAUCACUUGAGAAAUAGCUGCGAUUCUUUCGGUCUUAAUAUCGGUGCCAAUUUCAACAAACAGAGGGCUUUUAUUCACGCACAUCAUCACUCGCCCAGGAUUGCAACCAUUUGAAUUAAUGUCGCACUCCAUAAUGGACUUCCUCGGACUGUACUUCUUGCAGCUGGCUCUUAUUGGAGUCCCACGUAUGGCUCUCUCUGCGGGCGGGAGGGACUGCCUGCGUGCUGGGGACACUUGCUCCAGCGACGACACCUGCAGCCCGAGACUGCGCACCCUCAGGCAGUGUGUGGCAGGGGACGGCAGCGUGAAACUGGGGCCCGGGGCACGAAACCAGUGUGAGAACGCUAUGACGGCGCUGCUGUCCACUCCUCUGCACGGCUGCCAAUGUAAACGAGGCAUGAAGAAGGAGAAGAACUGCCUGAGUAUCUACUGGAGUCUGCAUCAGUCUGUGCUGCAUGGGCUCAGCCUGGUGGAGAGCUACCCGUAUGAACCAGAGGAGAGGGGCUCUGACUACGUGCGUCUGGCCUCCAUCGCUGCAGAGUCUGAAGUAACAACGGUGAACCGCUGCCUGGAUGCUGCCAAGGCGUGUAACAUAGAUGAGACAUGUCAGAAGCUUCGCACGGAAUACGUCUCGUCCUGCAUCCAGCCGUCAGCCCGGUCGGGGCCAUGUAACCGACCAAAGUGCAACAAGGCGCUGAGGAAGUUCUUUGACCGCGUUCCCCCCGACUACACCCAUGAGCUGCUGUUCUGUCCCUGCACCGACACGGCCUGCGCAGAGCGCCGCCGUCAAACCAUCGUGCCGACCUGCUCCUACGAGGACAAGGAAAAGCCCAACUGCCUGGCUCAGCUGCGGAUCUGCAAAGCAGACUACGUGUGCAGGUCUCGCUGGGCACAGUUCCAGUAUGAUUGCCAACCUUCCGAGCAGAGCGCCAGUGGCUGCAAGCAGGAGAACUACGGAGCAUGUCUACUUGCGUACACCGGCCUGAUGGGAAGCAUAAUAACUCCCAACUACCUUGACAACUCCACAUCCAACGUGGGACCCUGGUGCUCCUGCACAGCAAGCGGCAACCACAGAGAACAAUGCAAUGACUUCCUCACUUUUUUCCACGACAAUGUCUGCCUGAAAAAUGCCAUCCUGGCCUUUGGGAACGGAUCGGAUGUGAAAACGGGCUCCAGCCAGCCCGGGAUGCCCAGUCCAGCGACGGACAACCAGAGCCCGCACUUGGCAACCACCGCCCCGGGCGUCUCCGUGGAAACGGAGCAGAACAUUCUGAGAGCACAGAUACCUACUCAGGUAAACGAGAACGACAGAUUGUGGGGCGACGAGGGAGACUCCACUCUUCCCUCUCCGGGCCUGUCGGACCGUGGAGCCGAGCCCGUCCGCCUGUCCCUGCUGCUGGUCCUCGGUUGGCUGCUCCUGCUGCUACUCUCCGACCAAUAAGAGGCCAGUCUCAGCUGGCCUCCACGGACAAACCUCCAGACCUGGGGGGGAGGGUGGGUGAGAGAGAGAGAGAGAAAGAGCCAUUUUUAUGUGUCAAAUGACGGUAGGGGAAAGGGUCGACUCUGUCCCGCCCCGCUCCCCCUCUCCCUCUCUGUCACAAAAAUCACACUUAAUCUCUUUUUGUGAAUCAUGACUCAGAGCAGAUGUGUUGUGCAGCCCACGCCCUUGAGGAAGACCACCGGAGAGGGUGCCGCUACCGCACCACAGGGGGGGGAACCAGGAAGUACACACCUCAUUUCUUGCUUCACGCCUGCCCAAACACAAACUGUUACACAACACACACGCACACAAGACUUUGCUCAUCUGAAAAUACCGUCUAAGCUCCAUGGAAAAGGCCCGUGGGUUCCGAAGGUGUACAGUGAACAGACACUGUAGAUGCAGUGCCGGGGAAAAGUCUAAAAACAAAACAAAAAAAAGAUAUAUAUAUAAAACAAAACAAAAAAGUGUUUUUUUGUCCCUGAACAUUCCUUGAUGUAAAAGAAAAAUAUUAAAUGUUAAGACUUUUCUCUCCGAUGAAGUGUUACACGAGAUUUAAGGUGGAUGUGUGUGUUUGUCCACAUGUUGCGCUCAUUCAGCUCUGCUCUUUAUUUUGACACUUAUUAUUUUAUUAUUAGACAAAAUUUUGUUACGCAUAUGUUAGAUGGACGCACUUGUUAUAAUCGAGUCAAAUCACAAUGGAAUUCUUUGUUUGUUGUUGUGUUUUAAGUGGCAGGAUGAGGAGUUUGUUUCCAAAUAAAGAAUUAUAUAUAGAAAAACUUAAGUUGUUAAUUGAAAUUUAACGUUCAAGAAGCUCCCAAAGUCUGUAAAAGUGUUUUAUUUUGUCAAACAAGGACCUACAUUACUUAUUAGCCUUCAACGUAUUGUAAUUUGUUUUCAUUUUAUCAUUUUGUAUUUGUAGAUGUCAUCGGAAGGGGGCUCUUCAUAUAUUUCAUUAAGCUUUAAGUGUGAGAGCCAUUUGAGUUUUUCCUCUUCAGAAAUGUAUUUAAAAAAUAUCAUGUGGUUAUGGUGAAGCAACAACAGAUGGAAACAAGUUUAUAUUUUUUAAAUGUAUGUGGACUUUGCCGCAGAGAAAACAGAUAUCUAUAGACAAGUUUGUGACCAAUCAUGCUUUGCCGUGGCGGGAGGAUUAGUGGAAGACAGACGGAGCGGGUUUUGAUGCAUGAACGGAUCCAUCUGUUUUUCGAGAGACUCAUGAGAUGAAGGUGGUGACCCACGUUAGCCCGCUACCUGCUGGGACUCUUCACUCGAUGUGGGACGCCAGAGGAUUUACAAUAUGUACUGUAAAAGCUCAGUUCUGCUUUGUGCAGCGGAUACGUCUAUGAAAUGUGUUGAGGGGUUGGUCAUGUGUCAUCUUCAAUACUGCCACUGAAUUCAGUUAAAUUAAGGAAGCACCCAUUGGUUUCACUGCAUUAUUAAAUGACACAACAUAUGCUGAUUUUAACACAAAGAGAGAAAAUGUGUUGCCCCCAAACUACAGCAAACCUGAUGAAAAUGACACUUUCUAGUUGGACCUAUGAAAGCUCACACUGUAAGCUCAUAAUAUUGUCAUAACAGCACAAUAGUUGUUGGAUUUUGCCUGCCAAGUUCUACAGGAAGGAAAAAAAACUGUUUAUUCUUCCUCAUUGAUGCCAAUGUAGUUUUGAAACGACACCCCAUUUGGGGCGAAGGACCUAAAAAUUAUUCAACACAUACGCAGAUGUCUUAAAGGGGCAGUUCACUCAAAUCACAACAAUAUUUUCUCACUCGCCUGUAUGCGAUAUCUAGUCAUCCAGACCCAGGUUUUGAGAUUCUCUGAGAUUGCUGCUGCCAUCAAAAUACAAUAAAGAUCAUUUACAUUUUUCUUUGAUCUACGUUCUUGAUACCAAAGCUGAGAGGUUAAGUAUGUCCCACAGUUUCCACUCAAGCUCUAUAUUGAGGCUUGUAUCACUUUGAAAACAUAAUUUGAUUGAUGAAAAAAACAAGGCGUCAUUUUCUCUACAAUCACGACUGUUUUGUGUUACCACCCAUCGAAACUCCAUUUGUGUUAUCCCUCAAUAUCUUUAUUUUCCUGAUAUUUCACAAGGUAUAGUUGCAAACAUACGCUACCAUUCAAACGUUUUGAAUCACAUUCCACAUAAGCUGAGAGGUCUUUCAUUCAUUACAAGGUUAUUUUGUAUGAAGGGUUUGCAAAAGAAUUAUGUAUUGUACAUUGAGAGCAAAACGCUGUUCAAUGAUUCAACCAGACUGACAAAAGAAAGGGCAGAAAGAGACAAAGAUUCCUCUGAGCAAGAGUUAAAUAAGAAUAUAAAAAAAAUGUCAUUGUUAAGGAAAUUGGAAGCGCAGAAUCAAAAUCUGUGCAGAUUUAAAGAGGAACAGGUUCCUGUUCCAGUCUCAAGUGUACAAUAAUGCUUUUAACAAGUUGGAAUGAACGGGUGUGUUGCUUAGAGAUAGAAACUUAGUACUAUUGAAACCUGAUCACAGACUAUCAGCUGAACAUGCUCUGGAAGGCCAAAUCACAGUUUAAACCUGUUCAAUCUAACCACUGAGUGCAAAACAUUUAGAGCCCAAUUGCACCGUUGUGGUUCAAUAAUGGUCUCGGGUCACUUUUCUGUACUGGAAAACAAAUCCCAAAUCGAAAGAUUUCUUUGUGGGAAAUGCAACACUGUGGGGACAUCGAUUAAAUGGAAGUUUUAAUCAUUUAAUUCUUCUCCUUUUGGGGCCAAAACUAUUUCAAAGGAAAAUAUAAUUUGGUGUCUGAAUUACACUGUUUUUAUUUGAACAGUCAUUAUAGAGUGAAAGAAGAUAAACAUCAAUGUAACAGGUGAUUCCAAACUUGAAUGGUAGUGUACAUAAAAAUAGGUGCAUCAUCAGCACAUUUUUAACUUAGAAACACAAUACUAACACAUUAUCACCUUGUAAAGCUGUUUUGGCCAGUGUGUUAGUAAACCAUUGCCAAUCUAGACAUGGAGAAACAUUCAUUCAUUUAGUCGCAGAGCAAAUUUAAGUCCAAGUUUUACUCUCCUUUUAGCUUUAGGAAAUAUCUCUUUAUGAGUUAAAUGUUCCACUAUGUUCACUAGCUAGUCACUAACCUUUUCAGCCAUUUGGUGUUUGCAGUGGGAUUAUCAGAGAGAAAACCACUGGAAAAGACACUGAAUGCUGUGGGUCAGUCACUACAAGUCACUUUUAGCAUUUUAGUAGUCAUUUGACCCAUUGUUAAUUGAAAAAUAUUGAUUAGUACAGCUUUAAAAUUGUAUUGUAUAUAUAUAUAUAUGAAAACAACAAGAAGUUUUUUGGAGUGGCAGCAUAGAUUAACAGGCAGAUAUAUCCAAACCUGGGCAAAUAAAAUCCAGAUUUACUACUAGAUGUAAGUGAGAAAUAUAUGUUUGUGAUUUUGGUGAACUGAUCCUUUAAAUUUUCAUUACCAAAACUGCAGUUACGUGGUUAACUGGUGAUAAGAGUGUCUGAGUGAUACCUCUUGCUUUCACAAAGCCUCCGUCUCCAGCUGAGCUCUGUUGUCCCAGUUUGAUUUGUCCUGUGAUUUAUCAGUCAGUGGGUGUCCCGUGGCGUGCUCUGCCGCUGUGAGGUGACUGACCAACCUGCUCCCUGUUCGUCUGCGCCAGCAGAAUCUCAGAUGUGACAUGUGUCACUUCCUGCAAAUAAAGGCGACACUGUAAGUGGAGGUGAAUUCUGACCAGUUUUCUUGUGCAGAGAGGAGGUGCUUUUUCACCUGUCUAGAAAUGUUUGGUCUCGUGACAAAACUCUUGACCCUCAUCCAGAUUCAACUACGUUCAGCAUCACCUCAGAGGAAGUAUUCAACCUUUUCUUCCCUCGAGCAGCACCCCUGGCAUCAAGUUCAAAGUCCAUUUUUCAUCACACACAGGGAGUGAUUUGUAAAGAUGUUAUAGUAUAGUGUAUAUACUACACAGUGUAUACCAUAUACAGUAUAUGAUGUCUAUAACAUUCAUACCUUGAGUAAUAAUAAAAAGGAUUUUAUCCAA